GGGGGGGGGGGGGGGCAGGCAGUGUACGGUUGCUGUGCCCACAUCCAGUGCAUCCAUGUCUGAGAGUGCAGGACCCUGUACGCCUCCCCUCCCCUGUCGCCUCCCCUCUCCUCCUCCCUGUGCUGCUGAUUCUCCUUCCCUCUGACGUAGGACAGGAUUCUCUCCUGUGUCUGCUGGGUGUAUGGAGAGGGGCAGACAUUGAAGAAGAAAAAAAAAAAACAAGAAAAACAAGUAGGAGGCGGAGGAGAGUAUAUGGGAGAGAUGGAGACAAGAGGGAGGGAGGCAGGAAAACAGAGCGCUGCUGUCUGAACCAGGCCAAAAAAUCUUCACCCUUCUCCUUCUCGCCUCUCCUUAGAUCCAGGACAAUGUUCCAGGCGGAUUUCUCCGCAGCCUCAUGGUUGCUGCAGGGACAAAUCGUCACUCAAAGACCCUUCAAGAGCAAAGUCGACCAGAUCCGCAAGACUUCUCUGGACAGGAGAGGCGCCUGAGACUGCAGACAGAGAUGGACCCUUCUGGGACACUCUGGCAGUUUCUCCUGCAGUUGUUGGAGGAGCAGAGUCAUCGGCACCUCAUCUCCUGGACGUCCAACGAUGGGGAGUUCAAGCUGCUGGACGCCGAGGAGGUGGCACGGCUAUGGGGCCUGCGCAAAAAUAAGACCAAUAUGAAUUAUGACAAGCUGAGCCGGGCUCUCAGAUAUUACUACGACAAGAACAUUAUCAAGAAAGUCAGCGGGCAAAAGUUUGUGUACAAGUUUGUGUGUUACCCAGACCCUGGCAGCGGUGAACCCUCCAAGGAAGACGCCAAGUGUAGGGACUCUGUGAAUGAACUGACCCAGACCCCAAAACCUGGAGAUAGCUCCCCCUUUGUCCCCAAGAUGGUGAGGAGCAGCUCCAAGACGAGUCGCAAUGAAUACAUGCGCUCUGGUCUCUACUCCACAUUCACCAUCCAGUCGCUACAAGCUCCACCCAGUGCGCAGCCCAAGGCUAACAAGCCGGACAUCUUGCCUCCAGCUGAAGCUCCUUCAAUACCAGAGGCCAAAGGUCCAAGCAUCAGCAUCCCGUCAUACGAGGCUGUGGAGCAGGAUGAUGGAGAUCUCUCCUUAGAAGUCAACAUCCAUAGCUCCAAGGAACUGCAGCUCCAUGUCACAGUUGAUCCACCAACUCCUGACAUUAAGGUGGAGGACCCCCUUGAAGAAGCCUCGGCAGAUAUUGAGGACCUCUCGGAACCUCAGGUCUUUCUUGCUUCUCUACCGGAUUUGAAGACCCCGACUUCUGAUCAGCCACUUACCCAGGAGAUUUUGGUAGUCAUUAACUCACCCAAAAAGGAGGAGGAGGAGGAGGUAAAGGGAAACACGGAUUCUCAGGAGGAGGAGGAGGAGGUUAAGAACGAGGAGACGUCUGCUCCAGUGUCAUCUUCUGAAGGAGGACAGCCCCUAAAAGGGAAAAAGCCAAAGGACUUGGAAAUUCCAUUUUCUUCUGUGAUAGGGUCAGAGAAGAUGAACACUGCUGUCAAUUCCUUGCUGGCUCCUGGAAGUGCAUCUUCUGUCAUCACUUCUCAUUCUCUGACACCUCUACUGCUCACCCCAAGCUCUCUCCCCCCUUCUAUUCACUUCUGGAGUACGCUCAGCCCCAUCGCUCCUCGAAGUCCUGCAAAGUUGUCCUUCCAGUUCCCAUCAAAUGGAAGCAACCAGAUCCACAUACCAACCCUCAGUGUCGAUGGACUAUCCACCCCUGUUGUCCUCUCGCCUGGACCUCAGAAGCCAUAAGGAAUCCACAGAGCUGUGAUCUCAAACUACUUCAUAAGAACACAAUAUCUUGUCUUUUCACAAGAUUAUCCUCGUGCGGCUCUUGCCUGUUGACAGAUGUAUAUUUUUGUGUUGUGUUAUCUCAAUGGACGCAGCCUGCAUCUUGUUUAGGGUUGUUCCUUGGCUGUAAACAAGAAGACCCACCAGGGACAUCCAGAUGACACCCAGUCUGGUGUGCAGCCCACAAGGCAGUAGACAUUGUUCCAUGCUUGGUGGAUGGUUACCAAGUGAUGUGUGGAUUACUAGAAGAACAUCCAUUGCCACCCUCUCUUCAUGAAGAUAAGCCUCCUCAUAAUCCUCUAAAGGGUGUCACCACCAAAUCCACGGUGGGCAUCUAUGAUGGAGAGCUAUAAAGACACUCACAAGCUCAGUCAUGUUUGCAGUAUGGAAAAGAAGACUCGUAAGGUCCUUCUACGGUGAGAAUGGCUCCUUGGUUCUGAAUGAAAAAUGAAUGUUACCAAAUCCAUGGUUACCGAAAUAUCUGCCUACAUGUCUCGCUAGAGGUUGCCUGGUCAACCGGGUGUCAUUUUCAUAGCUAUGUUCUUAAAAUCGGCAAUCAACUUGCAGCCUCCAACUCGGCAACAUUUCCGAAUGUAUGGUCUUCACAUUUUACUGUGUGAAUAACUUUUUGAAAAUUUGUUAUUUUCAUACUUGUGAGAACUUAAUUCUAUAUGGGGAUAGGGGAGGUCAUCAAUAUGUAGACCAAACUUCUGAAAACGGCAAGACAAAGAAUGGCAAUGAUCUGGAGAACAUCCAGCUGGUCACGAUGAGGAGAAAAUAAGGUCCUGCUACAUUAAAGAUGGCUGCCACCCCAAAUUCAGAAGACUCCUAGAUAUUUGAGUAAAAUAUAGUUCCCACGAAGAUGCAUCCACUUUCUCCAAAAUGCCUGGGAAUCUUUUGGAUAGCACUUAGCACGGACGAUCUGCUGGCACUUUCUUGUGCAUUAUUGCUAAGAAGUCGCACAGACGCCGCAGAUCUCUUUAUUUCGCUAGUGCGAAAAUCUUUCUUCUAUUGAUACUGAGAUUCUAGGACACACAGUCUCUCACACCUUUAUCACGUUGUCUCCUCACCUCCUUCUCGAGCAGCAGAAAGUUCAGCCACCGAUGAAGAUAGGACUAUAUUUAGACUUUGUGUUGCUAGCCUUUUUUUGGAUUCCUUUUCUUGUUUUUCCGUUAAUGUUUUGUUGAUCUGGAUCCUGUUUUUAUGGUGUCCUCCGUCCUUUCCAGGUGACGUGGAUAACUGAUGCAUGUGUCGUAGAAUGGUGAUGGACAACCAACCCAUCGGAAAACCAAAGGGGUCAGGAAUCUUAGUUGAAAGUUUUUUAUGAGUGGGGGGAAGGGGGCUGUGAUUGUCCGAGGUGAAAUCAUAAAUGCACCUCAUUUUAUGCCCCCCUCCCCCGAGGUUAGUCAUUUCUGUGCUAGAACAUGGCUUUUAGAUAUUCCUUAAUUCUUGAGGCAAAUGAUUUUAUUAUUUCUUGGUUAGUAGAAAGCAGCUGCUUCACUACCCGCCCCUCAUGGACGCCAUCAUUUCCCCUCUAAUCCCCUCAUCUGAGGAUAUCUGAUCCCUAUGUCGUAUUAUAUCUUUGGGACAGCUCCUUCUUUUAUCUUGGAUCAUCUCUACAGUCAAAUGUCCUUUUUUUUGUUAUCCGCAUAGAUUCUUAUUCAUCAUCCAUUUUUUUCUGAUCUUAUCAUAUUUGAUGUAUAUCAUUCUCUAGAUUAUCUAAUUCUACAACCAUAUUUCUAGAUUUCUACGUCACUAUGUUCUCUAAUUCAUCAUCCAAACUUCUAGCUCUAUAUCUCUAAAAUGGAUCGGUUGUCAUCCACCUUUUUAAAUUAUUCAUCUAUAUCUCUAGAUUUUGUAAUUCAUCAUCCAUAUCUGAAGAUCCAGCAUCCAUAUCUUUCUGUUCUCAGUCAUCAACCACAUCUAUAGUUCCAUCAUCUAUCACUCUGUAUUCUUGGUCAUCAUCCUUAAUUCCAGAUCCAUCAUCUAUCAUUCUGUAUUCUUUAUCAUCAUCCUAAAUUCCAGAUCCACCAUCUAUCACUCUGUAUUCUUCGUCAUCAUCCUUAAUUCUAGAUCCAUCAUCUAUCAUUCUGUAUUCUUUAUCAUCAUCCUAAAUUCCAGAUCCAUCAUAUAUCACUCUGUAUUCUUGGUCAUCAUCCUUAAUUCCAGAUCCAUCAUCAAUCACUCUGUUUACUUGGUCAUCAGCCUUAAUUCUAGAUCCACCAUCUAUCACUCAGUAUUCUUGGUCAUCAUCCUUAAUUCUAGAUCCAUCAUCUAUCACUCUGUAUUCUUUAUCAUCAGCCUUAAUUCUAGAUCCACCAUCUAUCACUCUGUAUUCUUGGUCAUCAUCCUUAAUUCUAGAUCCAUCAUCUAUCACUCUGUAUUGUAUUCUUUAUCAUCAUACUUAAUUCUAGAUCCUUCAUCUAUCACUCUGUAUUCUUUAUCAUCAUUCUUAAUUCUAGAUCCAUCAUCUAUCACUCCGUAUUCUUUAUCAUCAGCCUUAAUUCUAGAUCCAUCAUCAAUCACUCUGUAUUCUUGGUCAUCAUCCUUAAUUCUAGAUCCAUCAUCAAUCACUCUGUAUUCUUUAUCAUAUCCUUAAUUCUAGAUCCUUCGUCUAUCACUCUGUAUUCUUUAUCAUCAUCCUUAAUUCUAGAUCCAUCAUCUAUUACUCUGUAUUCUUUAUCAUCAUCCUUUAUUUUAGAUCCUUCAUCUAUCACUCUGUAUUCUUUAUCAUCAUCCUUAAUUCUAGAUCCAUCACUCUCUCUGUAUUCUUUAUCAUCAUCCUUAAUUCUAGAUCCUUCAUCUAUCAUUCUGUAUUCUUGGUCUUCAUCCUCAAGUCUAGAUCCAUCAUCCAUAUCUGUAGAUCGUCUCAAUCCCCCUUUACCCCCCAUGUCUAGAACCUUUUAGGAAUCCCUUUGGUGGUUUGCUGCUUUCUUAUACUUUCACUGUAUAUAAUCUGAUGUUGGUUUUGUGUUCCCCCCCUCUUGAUAACCAGUCAUGGAACAGUCUGUAUCUCACAUUCCCUUCUUGGUGGUCAGGUUCCACCUAUUCCAAAGAACUACUCAGGAAUGUUCCACAGAUGCCAGACAGAGGGGGAGCCCAGUGACACCCCCUAAACAUAAGACAUUUCAGGGUAACACAUUUUUUUUUAUUAAGGAGGGGUAUGUGGUCCCUGCGGCUCUCCCUCACCUUUCCUAAGGCCUUUCUUUACUUACCACAGGGGCGUCUUGUCCUUGAAAGGGCUUCUGGGAAAAAGGAACACCCAUUUUCCUACGCAGUCUGACACCGUAUGUGCAGAGUUCACACCGGGUCACGGGCUGCGUCCUCUAGCGGUUUUGCCGGCUGAAUUCUGAUGUAAAACUUUGCCUUUGCUGCUGAAAAUUCCAAGCACAACACCGUCCGUGUGCUUUUACGUUUUGUUUUCGCGUAACCUUUUUAUUGUCUGCACAGAGGUUAUAGAGACGUGCAAUGUACUUGGUGCAGGGGAGGGAGUCCCCUUCUUUAUUGAAAUGACAGUGUGUGGGAUUCCUCUAAGGUUGUGUUCACAUGGUCAGGUUUUUACUUGCAGUUAUUGAAUACAGAGUCUGGAACGAAUCAUAAAUAUGUUCAUGGUUUUGCGCUCUUUAAUUGCACUUAGCGGGGCGCGGCCGUGACAUCACGAGCC